AUGGAGACGUGUCGCGAGGAUGAUCUACUGGAUGAUCUACGGCCGAGCUGGUCCCCCAGUUCUUGCUCUGCCAAUGCCCAUACACCCGGAACGUCUCCUGGGCGGAUGCGCGUCGAGCAUGGAAUGUUUGGUGGAGAGCCCGUGACUCCGCUCAACCUCGGCGCAGUUGACGGUUCCCGCCGUCGACAAACUUGUCUGGACCUUUGCUGGCCUCGUCGAUCUGAAGGCCAAAAGCACAGUACGAGCCAGAUCGAUCGUCUUCCAAUACUCCUCUCCGCGAUUCCGCAUCUGCAAUCGCCGGGUGCUGAGAAGUGCGGUGUACAGCUGGGUCGAACGGAGACGGCCGUCUUCAUAUGA